AGAGACUGUUCUUGGACAUCACACUGAACUGAAGCCAUGAAACAGUUGGUUAUUCUGGCCUUAACCCUGUUUGUGGGGUGCCACUGCGAAAGCGACGCACUGAACAGGAAACCUCUCAAGAUCCAACUUGAGCUCAGAAAAGACAUUUUCUUGGAUUACAUCAGAAAGUCAGUGAAUAUCCAUGAAUCGACUCUCGAGAAUCUUGGAAAAAUAGACCUUGGGCAAGAGAUCAACACAAAGGUGUCUCAUACCGCUGACGCAAUCAAUCAAUACAUUGAGACUCUGCACAGCCAGGUGACUCCUCUGACUCAGGACUUGCUGGCCAAGCUAUCCCAGGAGGCCGAGCAACUGAAAGCCCGUGUGGAGAAGGACCUGGACGCCAUGAAGACCCAUCUGGGGCUCUACGCUGAGGAGAUCAGGCUGGAGAUGGAGCGGCAGAUGGAGGAGAUGAGGAGGGACACCAGACCCCACCGGGAGACGCUCCAGUCGGGGACGGUGAGGAGCAUGCUGCUCGAGACGGCCGAGGAGAUGAGGGGCGGACUGGAGAAGAGUGUGGCCGAGCUGCAGGCCCAGCUGGAGGCUGAGGCCGACGACAUGAAGCGCACGAUGGACCGCUACCUGCAGGGCCUGAAGGAGAGCACCGUGCCCGUGGUGGAGAAGCUCAAAAGCCAGAUGACCGAGGCAGGACAGACCCUCCAGCAGACCUUUGUUAGCUUUGGAACAGAGCUGGGAGAGAACCUGAAAAAACAAUUCAUUUCCUUCUGGCAGUCUCUCAACAAAACUAGUUAAUUCAGACUUCUGUAAAAGAGGGGCAGGUCCAAGUCAGUCAGGUGAUACAAAUGGCAAGAAUAAAAGGUCAUUCAAACGGU